UCCUAUAAGUACUUCGUAUCAUUUCUGCUACUACUUCAUUGACUCGUCUAAGUGUUCAUAAUAAAUUCCACUUCCAUUCCCAAAAAACAAGUUAAAACUACAACCAUGGUUCAGCAAAAGAUAGUUAUGAAGGUGCAAAUGAGCUGUGAGAAGUGCAGAACCAAGGCAUUGAAGAUUGCUGCAGUUGCCAAAGGUGUGAAACAAGUGUCGAUAGAAGCGGAGAAAGAUCAGGUGGAGGUGAUCGGAGAGAGGAUUGACUCCGUGACCUUGACUAUGUCGAUGAGGAAGAAGGUUGGGCAUGCGUACAUCGUAAGUGUUGAAGAAGUGAAAAAGGAGAAAAAGGAGAAAAAGCCUUCUGAUGAGCCAAGCUACUGUUAUGUUCCCUGCCUGCAAUAUCCCAAUCCCAUGCACUAUCAAGUGGUUCAUGAACAACCAACCAAUUGCUCCGUUAUGUAACAAAUUAUUGUCGACGUCAAUGAAUUGUGCAGUAACAAAACAGGUCGUCAAUCAGGUUUUCUGUCCUACUUGGUUGAUAGAAUCUGCUCCGGAUUUCACCAUGAAAUCUAAAGUGACCUUGUGAGAUCUAUUUUAGAAGAAAUUUCACCAAAAAUUUGGUGGAAAUUCCCUUAAAAGAAUCAGUUAAAUAAAUUUUUUUUCAUCAAGUAGUAUGACUAUGCCAACGUAAGUGCCAUAUAAGAUGGUCUCUAAGCGACACCUCAGAAGAUAGUUUGUCUAAGUGCCAUAUAUAUUCUUGUAAUGAAAUCCAGGUUGAUGGUUUGCUUACCAUACAAACAUUAGUCGAUGUGUCUGUAUAUUGCAACUUCUAUAUUGAUUAUUGCGCUUGUUUUCUAUAUCAAUCAUUGC